AUGUCUGUGGUCGCGAUACUCCCGUUCAAUCCGGCGUAUUCAGGCUGGAACAACAUUGAUAUUGGCUUGAAAGUUGAAGAGGAUUCUAUCCGGUCCGUCUCGGUGAGGUAUUCAGUGGCCGUCCGAACAUCCUGGUCAAACAUGCUUGCGACCUUUGAUCGAGUAAUUUCAGAUUCAAAAUCCUCACAGACAGGGUUUAUAUCCUUGUCUGGUGUAUCAGCCACUUGGAUGAGUCUCCACCAGCUCGUGGCGCUGCUUCCAAUUAAGGUUAUGAGCAGUGCAAUGCGCCAGUGCCGCGGAAAGUCCUUGAAGAUCGUAACAAUUUACCUCUCGUGGCCUCUUCCAAUUUCCUACGGUACUCCUGUUCUCUGCGAUUUAGGCGAAGCUCGACUAGGGACCGACCAACAACAGGGCGAUAUUAUGCCCGAUAUUUAUCGAGCGCCAGAGGUUAUAUUAAACCUGAGCCGAGAUUACAAAGUUGACAUCUGGAACGGUGGGAUGACUUGGGAUUUGUUUGAGCAUCGCCACCUUUUCAAAGCUCGUAACCCCGAUCGUGAACUGGACGACAGCCAUCAUCCUGCCGAGAUGCAUGUGGUGCUGGGAAAACCACCUACGGACUUCCUCAGUCGAAGUGAGCAUAGUUCUCGAUAUUGGGACAAAGAUAGAAAAUGGAAAGGCAUGGCUCCCCAUCCUGACCGUGGUCUUGAGACCCGUGAGGAAAGACUUCAAGGCGAUGAAAAGAAGGACUUUCUCCGUUUUCUCCGACGUAUGUUAUGUUGGCUUCCUGAAGAGAGGGCUACUGCGAAGGAGCUCAUCCACGAUACUUGGUUAAUGCAUGGCUUAUUUAACUGAAAUACUUCCAGUACACCACUUUUCUGCUUUUCCUUCUCACGCUUGCUCUUUCAAGAGCAACUGAUCAAGUAUAUGCCA